AUGCCUCUGGGGAUCAACAAUCCGCUCCCGUCUUCGAUGGGCAGCGAAUGCAAGAAGGCCGCAAAGAUUCUCACCUCAUUCGUCGAUCCUAAGCAAUCUUUCGGUCCUGAUAAAGUCAUCCCCCCAGAGAUUCUGGCUGGCGCAAAGGGUCUUGCAAUUCUCACCGUCCUGAAGGCCGGCUUCCUGGGAUCUGGUCGAUUCGGCUCUGGUAUUGUCGUUGCUCGCCUGGCUGAUGGCACUUGGUCGGCUCCUUCGGCCAUUGCGACUGCAGGUGCUGGAAUUGGAGGACAGAUUGGAUUCGAGUUGACCGAUUUUGUUUUCAUUCUCAACGACGCUGCUGCUGUCCGCACAUUCUCACAAUUUGGAACUCUGACUUUGGGUGGUAAUGUCUCACUUGCUGCUGGUCCCGUCGGCCGAAAUGCCGAGGCCGCCGGCGCAGCCAGCACCAAGGGCGUUGCCGCUGUCUUCUCUUACUCGAAGACCAAGGGUCUUUUCGCCGGUGUCAGUUUGGAAGGCAUCGCGUCUCUGCCAACCAGUUGCUCACUGGAAGCGUCCGCCCACCCCCCCGCAUCUGAGGCGCUCAUGCGCGUCCUAAACUCCCGCGCUUUCCAGGGAAACUCGAGAGCUUACGGAGACGCCAUGUAUAACGACAUUCCUGUCUACGACGAAAGCCAUGACGAUGUGGUCUGGGAAGGUCGGAAGGGCGAUGCCUACGGCCAAGGAAGCCGACGAGAACGAUCCAACACCCAGGACGAUCCCUACGAAUACCGCGACAAGCCACGCCGUGCGAACACUUGGGCCGACGAUGUUUACGAUCGAUCUCCUGGAGGCCUUAGUCGCUCCUCGACCGGCCGGGCUCCUGCUGGUGACUCCUACGACAAUGUGGGGCGCAACCGAAGCAAUACUGCGCCAUUUGAUGAGGACUACGUCUACUCGGACCGUCGACCUACCCGCCCGACAGCUCCCAAGCCUGUUUUCGGGCAGAAGACCGGUGCGGCUCAGCUGCGCUCCGACCAAGUCGUCGCUCUCUACACAUUCGACGCCGACCAGGACGGAGAUCUUGGGUUCAAGAAGGGUGAGAUUAUCACGAUUAUCAAGCGGACAGAUAAGGCAGAAGACUGGUGGACCGGUCGCGUUGGAGACCGUGUGGGUAUCUUCCCAAGCAACUACGUUGAUACCUCUUAA